CCAAGUAGCUGCAGGAUGAAAACAUGGCCGCGCCCCUUAUCCCACCGCCAGGACCUGCCAGCUUUAAGAAGUUCACCUUGGAAUCUCUGGACCACCUCGAGCUGCGAAUCAACGAGGAGAAGAACAAGAAGCCGCCCAAGCAGGACAGCAGCUACCGCGACGACGAUGACGAGAACAAGCCCAAGCCCAACAGUGACCUGGAGGCCGGGCGGAGCCUGCCUUACAUCUACGGGGACAUCCCUAAGGGAAUGGUGGCGGUACCAAUGGAGGACUUGGACCCCUUCUACCUGACUACUCAGAAAACAUUUAUAGUGCUAAAUAGAGGGAAGACAAUCUUCCGCUUUAGUGCCAAUCCUGCCUUGUACUUCAUCAGCCCUUUUAAUAUAUUUAGGCGAAUAGCUAUAAAAAUUUUGAUACAUUCUCUUUUCAGCAUGAUCAUUAUGUGUACGAUUUUGACCAACUGUAUAUUCAUGACUUUUAGUGAUCCUCCCGAGUGGUCCAAACAAGUAGAGUACACCUUCACAGGAAUUUAUACGUUUGAAUCUCUUGUAAAAAUCGUGGCUCGAGGAUUCUGUAUAGACGGGUUUACAUUCCUAAGGGACCCAUGGAACUGGCUGGAUUUCAUGGUGAUUUCCAUGGCGUAUAUAACAGAGUUUGUAAACCUAGGCAAUGUCUCAGCUCUGCGCACGUUCAGAGUGUUGAGGGCAUUGAAAACUAUUUCUGUAAUUCCAGGCCUGAAGACCAUCGUGGGAGCCCUGAUCCAGUCAGUGAAGAAGCUCUCUGACGUGAUGAUCCUCACCGUAUUCUGCCUCAGUGUGUUCGCCCUCAUUGGCCUCCAGCUCUUCAUGGGCAACCUGCGCCACAAGUGUGUGAUCUGGCCAAUCAACGCCACCGAGAACUACCUGGCCAACGGCAGCAAGGGCUUCGACUGGACCGAGUACAUCAAUAACGACACAAAUUUCUACUUCCUGCCUGGUCAGCUGGAUGCUCUGCUGUGUGGUAACAGCUCUGACUCUGGCCGCUGCCCAGAGGGCUACACUUGCAUGAAAGCUGGGAGGAAUCCAAACUACGGCUACACCAGCUUCGACAGUUUCGGCUGGGCCUUCCUGGCUCUCUUCCGGCUCAUGACACAGGACUUCUGGGAGAACCUCUACAUGCUGACGUUGAGGGCGGCAGGGAAGACCUACAUGAUCUUCUUCGUGCUGGUGAUCUUCGUGGGCUCCUUCUACCUGGUGAACCUGAUCCUGGCUGUGGUGGCCAUGGCGUACGAGGAGCAGAACCAGGCCACCAUGGAGGAGGCUGAGCAGAAGGAGGCCGAGUUCAAGGCCAUGCUGGAGCAGCUGAAGAGACAGCAGGAGGAUGCCCAGGCCAACAACAUGGCCACGUCGGCGGGCACCGUGUCAGAGGACGGGGUGGUGGACGACGGCGAUGGCCACCUGUCCUGCAGCUCCUCUGAGAUGUCCAAGCUGAGCUCCAAGAGCGCCAAGGAGCGGCGCAACCGCAAGAAGAAGUGGCGCCAGAAGGAGCAGUCGCGCGGCGAGGAGAAAGGCGACAGCGAGAAGUUCGUCAAGUCCGAGUCGGACGACGGCAGCAAGAGAAGCCGCUUCCAUUUCCCCGACAACCGCUUAGGCCGCAAGUCUUCCAUUAUCAACCAGUCUCUCCUCAGCAUCCCCGGGUCGCCCUUCCUGUCGCGGCACAACAGCAAGAGCAGCAUCUUCAGCUUCAAGGGCCGCUCCAAGGACGUGGGCUCGGAGAACGAGUUCGCCGACGACGAGCACAGCACGGUGGAGGAGUGCGAGGAGAGGCGCGGCUCGCUGUUCAGCCCGUACCGCCGCAGCAGCUACACGGGCUACCACCAUGGCAAGAGGAACAGCACGGUGGACUGCAACGGCGUGGUGUCGCUCAUCGGGCCCGGGCCUGGCGGACGCCUUCUGCCUGAGGUGAAAAUAGAUAAGGCAGCUACUGACGACAGUCCCACUACUGAGGUUGAGGUGAAGAAGAAGAUGUCGGGCUCCCUGAUGGUGUCUGUGGACCAGCUCAAUACCUCCUUUGGGCGGAAAGAGCGGGCCAACAGUGUCAUGAGCGUCAUCACCAACACACUAGUGGAGGAACUGGAGGAAUCCCAGCGUAAGUGUCCGCCAUGUUGGUAUAAGUUUGCCAACACCUUCCUCAUCUGGGGGUGCUGUCCCACCUGGCUGAAGAUCAAGGAGAUUGUCAACCUGAUCGUCAUGGACCCCUUUGUGGACCUGGCCAUCACCAUCUGCAUCGUCCUCAACACCCUGUUCAUGGCUAUGGAGCACUACCCCAUGACCCCCCAAUUUGAGGGGGUGCUGUCGGUGGGCAACCUGGUGUUCACUGGAAUCUUUGCCGUGGAGAUGUUCGCCAAGCUGGUGGCCAUGGACCCCUACUACUACUUCCAGGAAGGCUGGAACUGCUUCGACGGCUUCAUCGUGACCUUGAGCUUGGUGGAGCUGGCGCUGGCCGACGUGGAGGGACUGUCCGUGCUGCGCUCUUUCCGUUUGCUGAGAGUGUUCAAGCUGGCUAAGUCGUGGCCCACCCUCAACAUGCUGAUCAAGAUCAUCGGGAACUCCGUGGGCGCCCUGGGGAACCUGACCCUGGUGCUGGCCAUCAUCGUGUUCAUCUUCGCCGUGGUGGGCAUGCAGCUGUUCGGCAAGAGCUACAAGGACUGCGUGUGUAAGAUCGCCAGGGACUGCGAGCUGCCGCGCUGGCACAUGAACGACUUCUUCCACUCGUUCCUGAUCGUGUUCCGGGUGCUGUGCGGGGAGUGGAUAGAGACCAUGUGGGACUGCAUGGAGGUGGCCGGCCAAGGCAUGUGUCUGAUCGUCUUCAUGAUGGUCAUGGUCAUCGGCAACCUGGUGGUGCUGAACCUGUUCCUCGCCUUGUUGCUGAGCUCGUUCAGCGCAGACAACCUGGCGGCAACCGACGACGACGGCGAGCUCAACAACCUCCAGAUCUCCGUCAUCCGCAUCAAGAAAGGCAUCGCCUGGGGCAAGAUCAAGGCGCGCGUGCUGAUGGCCCGCGUCCUGCGCAAGCCGCCCAUGGAGGACGAACAGAAGCCGCUGGACGACAUGUACGACAAGAAGCUCAACUGCAUCGCCAACCACACGGGCGUGGACAUCAACCGCGACCUGGACUACACCAAGAACGGCAACGGCACCACCAGCGGCAUCGGGAGUAGCGUGGGCAAGUACAUGAUCGACGAGGACCACAUGUCCUUCAUCCACAACCCCAACCUGACCGUGUGCGUGCCCAUCGCCGUGGGCGAGUCCGACUUUGAGAACCUCAACACGGAGGACUUCAGCAGCGAGUCGGAGAACGAGAACAGCAAGGAGCUGGACGACACCAGCUCGUCAGAGGGCAGCACCAUUGACAUCAAGCUUGACGUGGUGGAGGAGGUGGUGGUGGAGACGGUGGAGGAGUAUCUGGACCCCGACGCCUGCUGGACAGAUGGUUGCAUUGCCAAGUACAAGUGUUGUGACGUGCCCAUCACCCACGGCUGGGGGAAGCACUGGUGGUUCUUGAGGAAGACGUGUUACCUGAUCGUGGAGCACAACUGGUUUGAGACCCUCAUCAUCUUCAUGAUCCUGCUGAGCAGCGGAGCACUGGCCUUUGAGGACGUGUACAUUGAGCAGAGGAAGACCAUCCGGAUCAUCCUGGAGUAUGCAGACAGGGUCUUCACCUAUAUCUUCAUCCUGGAGAUGUUGCUCAAAUGGGUGGCCUAUGGCUUUGUUAAGUACUUCACCAACGCCUGGUGCUGGCUCGACUUCUUCAUUGUGGAUGUGUCUAUAGUCAGCCUUGUAGCUAAUGCGCUGGGCUACUCCGAUCUAGGGCCCAUUAAAUCACUCAGGACACUAAGGGCCUUGAGACCCCUCAGAGCCUUGUCACGUUUUGAAGGGAUGAGGGUGGUAGUCAACGCCUUGGUGGGUGCCAUCCCUUCAAUUAUGAAUGUGUUGCUGGUUUGCCUCAUCUUUUGGCUGAUUUUCAGUAUCAUGGGGGUCAACCUGUUUGCGGGCAAGUACUACUACUGUUUUAACGAAACCGCUGAGGCGUACUUUGAACCGGACGUGGUCAACAACAAAACGCAAUGCCUGGCCCUCAUGGCUGCAAACUAUUCCGAGGUCAGGUGGAAGAAUGUCAAGAUCAACUUUGACAAUGUCGGCGCCGGCUACCUUGCCCUGCUCCAAGUGGCCACUUUCAAAGGCUGGAUGGACAUUAUGUACGCAGCAGUCGACUCAAGAAGGGUGGAAGACCAGCCUAUUUAUGAAGACAACAUCUACAUGUACAUCUACUUUGUAAUCUUCAUCAUCUUCGGCUCCUUUUUCACCCUCAACCUCUUCAUCGGUGUGAUCAUUGACAACUUCAACCAGCAAAAGAAAAAGUUUGGGGGUCAGGAUAUCUUCAUGACAGAAGAACAGAAGAAAUACUACAAUGCCAUGAAGAAACUGGGUUCCAAAAAACCCCAAAAACCUAUUCCGCGACCACAGAACAAGAUCCAGGGGAUGGUGUUUGACUUUGUGACCCAGCAGGUGUUUGACAUCUCCAUCAUGAUCCUCAUCUGCCUGAACAUGGUCACCAUGAUGGUGGAGACGGACGACCAGUCGGACGAGACGGAAAACAUCCUCUACUGGGUCAACUUCAUCUUCAUCGUGGCCUUCACCACCGAGUUUGUGCUCAAGCUCUUUGCUCUGCGCCACUACUACUUCACCAAUGGCUGGAACAUCUUUGAUGUGGUGGUCGUCAUCCUCUCUGUAGUUGGUAUGUUCCUGGCAGAUAUCAUUGAGAAGUACUUUGUCUCACCGACCCUGUUCAGGGUCAUCCGACUGGCACGUAUUGGCCGUAUCCUACGUUUGAUCAAAGGAGCCAAGGGUAUCCGAACUUUGCUCUUUGCCCUGAUGAUGUCACUGCCAGCUCUGUUCAACAUCGGGCUCCUGCUGUUCUUGGUCAUGUUCAUCUUUUCCAUCUUCGGCAUGUCCAACUUCGGCUACGUAAAACACGGGGCGGGGAUUGAUGACUUGUAUAACUUUGAGACUUUUGGGAACAGCAUGAUCUGCCUGUUCAUGAUUACCACGUCUGCGGGCUGGGAUGGCCUCCUCCUGCCCAUCCUCAACUACCCGCCCGACUGCGACCCCAACUUCGAGAACCCCGGCACCACGGUGAAGGGCGACUGCGGCAACCCCUCGGUGGGCAUCUUCUUCUUCGUCAUGUACAUCAUCAUCUCCUUCCUCAUCGUGGUCAACAUGUACAUCGCCAUCAUCCUGGAGAACUUCAGCGUGGCCACUGAGGAGAGCGCCGACCCGCUCAGCGAGGACGACUUUGAGACCUUCUACGAGAUCUGGGAGAAGUUUGACCCCACCGCCUCGCAGUUCAUCACCUUCGCCAAACUCGGAGACUUUGCCGACACGUUAGAGCACCCGUUGCGCGUGCCCAAGCCCAACACCAUAGAGCUGAUCGCUAUGGACCUGCCCAUGGUGAGUGGUGACCGUAUCCACUGCCUGGACAUCCUGUUUGCCUUCACCAAGCGUGUGUUGGGCGACAGCGGCGAGCUGGACAUGCUGAGGCAGCAGAUGGAGGAGCGCUUUGUGGCGGCAAACCCGUCCAAGGUGUCCUACGAGCCAAUCACAACCACCCUCCGCCGCCGGCAAGAGGAUGUCUCAGCCAAGAGGAUCCAGAACGCCUACCGUGCCCAUCUCAUCAGGCGCGGUUUUGUGUGCAAGCGGCGGCGGACUUUCACCAACAACAAGCUGGAGAACGGAGGGACCAACCAGGAGAAGAAAGAGAGCACACCUUCCACUGCCUCGCUCCCCUCCUAUGACAGUGUGACCAAACCCGACAAGGAAAAACAGGAAGAAAUCGAAGGGGGAAGGCAAGAGAAGGACAGAAACCAAAAAGAUGAACGGGAAUCCAAAUGUUAGGGUUCAGUGGCUGUCCAGGUCCAGCAAGACACAGCGAGGAGAGACUCUGAGGCCGACCCCCUUCAAAUGUACAAAAAGAUCAUUUGCAAGAAAAAAAACGACAAAACAUAAAAAAAAAUGUUUACAGACUUGAUGUUCAAGGCAACAUGGUUUCUUACUUUGGUGAAGACAACUGAACCAAACAAUCAGUUUACCACAGGACUUUGCUGCACUCGUGACCAAUUUCUCCAAACGAGGAGGCGCCACAAGAAAAAAAGACUCAAAAGUGUGCACAGCCAAUGGCACACAUAUUUCCUGUGGACUGUCAGUUGAAUGGACAGAUUUUUCUGCUAGAUGUUGUAGUUUGGAGAAGCCUUUCUCUGCCACCACCUUGUGUGGACCCCCUGCAGCAAAUGUUCAUCUCUGUGGAACCCUGCCAGAAUCUUCUAGAACUGUCUUAGCAGUCUGAGGGGAUUCCCAUUCCUUUGAGUUUAGCAUACUUAUCAAGGAAAACCAAGAAUCAUUAACAUUAAAUUCAAGGAAAUAUCAGAGGAAAGAAAAAUCCGGAAAAGUGACAAGACAAUAGGCAGUUUCCAUGUGCUAAGUAUAUUUGCAUCUUAACAUUAUUUGAGCAGCAAAAAAAAAAGAAAAUACUAACAUUUUGCCCAUGUCACUUAGUCCUCUCAUCUUCUCUUUGUUAUACUGACAUUGAAAAAUACAUUUUCUACAUGGGCUUUCACACUGAUUGGGUAGGGGGCAUUAAGUCCAUGUUGUGGCUGGAGGGGACUUGCUCCGACCGAGUUCCAGAUAAAUAAUCAUUAUUGUGCUCGUUCAAUGCAUAGAAAUGACCUGCAUGAAGGCAUGUUUUGAUCAUGAAUCAUGCAUGAGUGAUCAUAGUCCACAAGACACUAAUUCUCAGACCACAACAGUGGCUUGACCAUAAGCUUGAGACUGUCCGCUUGGAAGGAGA